AUGUCUACCAAGGAGCUCUUCAUUUCGUUCAUCUCUGCAUCAGAGGUACUGGCUGCCGCCAUAGUCCUGCCGUGUGCUGGCGCCUUUAGCGUGUUUGCCCGACUUUGGCUGCGCAGGAGGAACAGUAAAUCCUACGGGGCCGACGAUUGGUUGGUCCUGGCUGCCCUGGUGUUUUUGAUGGGGAUGGGCGCUGUCCAGAUAUAUGGAGUUGUUAAGCAUGCACUAGCCUAUCCCACCCCGCCUUAUUCGAGUGACUCUCAGAUGGCGCAAUUGACAGAGCUAUCAGAUGCUCAGAGGACGGUUGAGCUGGUGGACUGGAUUACCUGGGUGUUGAUGAUCCCCGCGAAUGGUUUGAUCAAGCUCAGUUCUCUCAUCCUCUACUGGCGGCUGUUUGUAGUCAGCCAAGAGAAGGUCUUUGGAAUUACCACAUGGGCUUUGAUUGGUAUCUGUACUCUCUGGACGGUGGGUUUCUUUUUCGCGAUGAUCUUCGGCUGUGGGCGGCACUUUAGGGGCCCUUUAACGCAAAUCGGCAGCUGCAACACCAACGCCCGCCUUGAAGGGUUAAUAAUUUCAGACUUGAUCACAGACAUCUUGGUCUGGGUGCUUCCCGUGCCAAUGGUGGAUCUGGAAGACGCAGAUGAACCUCGGGCGACAAGCACAGCCAAGCAUUAG